AUGCCUCGCCAGUCUGAGCUGUACAGUCCUUCUCUUCUCUCCGCCAACUACGACGCAGACAACGCUUCAUUGCGGUCGCCCUCCAUCCAGGACUCCGACUCCGACGACGAUGACUUCCUGGCCCGCAAACGCAGCACCCUCGAGCUCGCCGAACACGACCGCGCCGUCCUAGACGAUGAAGAUGAACGAGAGAAGCUGUUAACUCGGCGGCCUUCCAUUCGCAGGAUUUUCAGUCCAAACGGCAGCAGCGUCCGGAUCGGCAAGAAGACCAAGCGCCGGCGAGGAGAGGCCCGCAUCCCGCAUCGGGAACGGGUCAGUGAGGACGGCGAGCUGAUGUAUGAGAUGGAGGGCUUUGGAGAUGAUGAGUCCUUCCCGAGCGGAUCAUCCUUUGAUCUGGACGAGGAGGUUGGAUACACAUAUGACGAACCGCCACCUCGGAUAUCCUGGCGCAAAUGCCUUCUCAUUUUCGCUCUCGUCUUCAUCCUCUUCCUGAUCCUCAUACUCGGUGCCUACAAGGCCUCCAGCAACUUCCGCGCCGCACUCGCCCAUGCCCAGCCGCUGCUCUCCAACGGUACCGCCCUCUUCGCUCCCACCACCAUCCUCAUCUCGUUGGAUGGCUUCCGAGCCGACUUCCUCGAUCGCGGCCUGACCCCGGCCCUGAAUUCUCUCGUCGCAGACGGCGUCUCCCCCCAGUACAUGCACCCCAGCUUCCCCAGCGUGACAUUCCCGAACCACUUUACACUCAUGACUGGACUAUACCCGGAAAGCCAUGGAAUAGUGGGAAACAGCUUUUAUGACCCGGCGCUGCAGGAAGAGUUCUACUACACGGACUCGUCCGUCAGCAUGCAGCCCAAGUGGUGGCUUGCAGAACCACUGUGGGUGACGGCUGAAGAGCACGGGGUCAAGAGCGCUAUCCACAUGUGGCCGGGAUCCGAAGCGCACAUCAUGGACGAGGAGCCAACUUAUCUGGACAAGUACAAUGGAUCAGAAGCAUUGUUCCGCAAGGUCGACCGCAUUCUGGAGCUGCUCGAUCUCCCUGGGCCGGAGGAUGAAUCGGACAUAGUGCCUGAACGGCCACAGUUUAUCGCGGCGUAUGUGCCCAAUGUUGACCGGGAUGGGCACAACUACGGUCCGAACAGUACGGAAAUCCGCGACACGAUCGCCGCGGCGGAUGGGAUGAUAGCCGAGCUCGUGGCAGGUCUCAAAGGUCGCAAUUUGACGAAUGUGGUCAACGUGGUCAUUGUGUCUGACCACGGCAUGGCCACCACGUCCAACGAGCGCCUGGUCCAGCUGGACGACCUGAUUGAUAUGGAUUUGGUCGAGCAUACCGACGGGUGGCCAUCGCGCGGACUGCGUCCCAAGCGGCCCGAAGACCUUCAAACCCUUCAAGACCAGCUCGAUAAGGUGAAGGAAGACUAUUCGCACGCGGUGGAGAUUUACACACGGCAAACAAUGCCUGAGCGAUACCAUUUCUCGAACAACGACCGCAUCGCCCCGUUGUGGGUGAUUCCCAAGACCGGCUGGGCGAUCGUUGAACGGCCAGAGUUUGACGCAAAGAAGGCACUGGAAACGGGUGAGGUCUACCGCCCGAAAGGUAUUCAUGGGUAUGACCACGAGCACCCAUUGAUGCGUGCGAUCUUCAUCGCACAUGGCCCUGCUUUCCCGCAUACUCCCAACAGCCGGCUUGAAGCUUUCCAAAACACCGAGGUGUACAACAUCCUCUGCGACUCGCUAGGAAUCGAUCCCCUACCGAACAAUGGCACACUGCGCCUCCCACUUCAACCGGUGGGCUUGCAUUCGGAUGAGAAUGCCCCAGCUGUUGAGCACCCAGCUGACCCACCGGCCGAGGUGUUGACUACGGCUGGACCUGCGCCUACGCCGCAGCCUACUGUGGUUUCAGACCCGAACGCGUCCGAAUCGUCUCCCGCUACAGAUCCGGGCAGUGAUGAUGAGAAAGGCCCGACAUGGUGGGGUACGGUCUGGGGCAAAGUCGAGAAGUUGAAAGAUUGGGCCGGGAACUUGCUCUCUUCCGCCGGUGAUGCAAUCUCUGGAAAGGGAAAGGAUUCGUCCGGCUGA